AGCAAGUUAGAACGUUCUGUGAACGCGUCGUCGUCGUCCUUAACUUGGCCAAACUAAUUUGUCCAUUUUCGUUUUUGUGUUAGCAUUGAGCUAAGUUAAACCGCUAAACUGGCUACACGGAUACAUCCUGUUCGAAAUAAAAACACACCACACGGCAGAAAAAGAAAAAUACGCAAACAUGAGUUUUCAACGACGCACCUCGGAAAAGACGACAGAGCUAACGGCUUCGGUGCCGGUGAAGCUCCUGACGGCCGGCACUGCGGCUUGCUUUGCCGACUUCCUCACAUUCCCGCUUGAUACAGCCAAGGUUAGGUUACAGAUUCAAGGCGAACAACCGUUGCGUACGGUGGCUAUGACACCGGCCGUCAACACACCGGCCUCGCUAAAGCUGAACCCUAUGCCCGUACCUGCAACCCAGCACGUUCAGUACCGUGGUCUGGUCGGUACGAUCACGACCAUCACCCGCCAGGAAGGUUUCCGCACGCUGUACAAUGGCCUUUCGGCGGGCCUGCAACGCCAAUUGUGCUUCUGCUCGAUCCGACUCGGUCUAUACGAUACCGUUAAGACGUUCUAUGGUUCCAUCCUCAAAGAAAAUGAAGCUGGUCUUCAGAUAGGAACCCGAGUUUUGGCCGGCCUCACAACGGGCGGUGCGGCCGUGUUGGUCGCCCAACCGACCGAUGUGGUAAAGGUACGGUUCCAGGCGGCAACGCGUUCGUCCACCGGUCGUCGGUACGCUUCAACGCUCGAAGCUUACCGUACGAUUCACCGGGAGGAAGGUGUGCGCGGGUUGUGGCGCGGCGCAAUGCCCAACGUGGGACGGAACGCAAUCGUCAACGUGGCCGAGAUCGUGUGCUACGACGUCGUCAAGGAUUGUCUGCUCCUGUACGCCCAUAUGCCCAACGAUAUUCGGUGUCACUUUUCGGCCGCCGUCGUUGCUGGACUGGCCGCGACGGUAGUGGCCUCACCGGUGGACGUGGUCAAGACGCGUUACAUGAACUCGCCGCGCGGGCAGUACCGCGGUGCUAUCGACUGUGCCAUCCGGAUGGGCGCCAAGGAGGGUAUGGCGGCAUUCUACAAGGGUUUCGUGCCGUCCUUUGCGCGGCUCGUUUCGUGGAACAUCGUGAUGUGGAUUUCGUACGAGCAGCUGAAGUUGGCCGUUUUCAAUAGAAGCUAAAAUGCUACGGCCGCUGCUCGAAGCUCCGGUGAUUCGUAUCGAGAUUCGUCGGGACGCAAUGUUCUUUCUUUCUUCUUACGUAGGAAGAACACUUUUAUGUUUUAAUCUAUUGACGCGGUAUGAAUGAUCGAGCAGGCCACGAUCGAGAUCGGACUGCCAACUGUAGCGUAUCGUGCGCCUAUGUCCGUCUUUUUAAUUGUAUAAUGUGAAUGUGAUAGAAUGUUUGUAUAUGUGAACAAUGUAAUGUAAAAUUUUCUGUUUCUUAGCACG